UGGCUGCAGCAGGCAGCAAACCCAGCCCAGCACUACCCCACCAUGCUUGCUCUGGAGGCUGCACAGCUCGACGGGCCACACUUCAGCUGUCUGUACCCAGAUGGCGUCUUCUACGACCUGGAUAGCUGCAAGCACCCCAGCUACCCCGACUCAGAGGGGGCUUCUGACUCCCUGUGGGGCUGGGACCUCAGUCCAGCUGUCCCAGCCACCUCCUAUGAAGCCUUCAACCCAGCUGUGGCCACCUUCAGCCACCCCCAGGGUGUCCAGCUCUGUUACGGACCUUCGGGACCUUCGACCUACAGCCCUGUGGGGAGCCUCGAGCCGGCCCCCAGCCUAGAGCCCCCGGGGCCCAGCUUCCCUGUGUACCCCACGGAGGACUUCACCAGCCAGACCGUGGUCCCCCCGGCGUAUGCCCCAUACCCCAGCCCUGUGCUGUCGGAGGAGGAGGAUCUCCUGCUGGACAGUCCCACCUUAGAAGUUUCAGACAGCGAGUCGGAUGAGGCCCUCCUGGCAGGCCCGGAGGGGAGGGGGUCUGAGGCAGGGGCCCGCAAGAAGCUCCGCCUGUACCAGUUUCUGCUGGGGCUGCUGACGCGCGGAGACAUGCGCGACUGCGUGUGGUGGGUGGAGCCGGGCGCCGGGGUGUUCCAGUUCUCCUCCAAGCACAAGGAGCUCCUGGCGCGCCGCUGGGGCCAGCAGAAGGGCAACCGCAAGCGCAUGACCUACCAGAAGCUGGCGCGCGCACUGCGCAACUACGCCAAGACCGGCGAGAUCCGCAAGGUCAAGCGCAAGCUCACCUACCAGUUUGACAGCGCGCUGCUGCCCGCUGCCCGCCGGGCCUGAGCCCAGGGGGGGGCUCUCAGGGGCUCCACGUCUGCGUCCUGUCGGCGUCCCCGCCCCCUAGGUCAGAGGACCCGUGGAUUCCCCAAGCUGCGGGGAGGGGGGCUGCCAUGAUCCCUAAGCCCUGCCCAGGGUCCCUCUGGGACCCCUCCCCGCCAAUCGUGUCUGGGGCUCCUCUGGGAUUUCCUUGUCAUGUUCUGGAUCCCCAGGAUCCUCAUGUCGUGGGCCACAGGACCCAUGGAGGACUAUAAUAUAUGUCUGUAGAGGGGUGGGCAGGACAGCACUUCCAGAAUCCCAAGAGCUUCUCUGGGAUCCCCUGGUACUGUCUGAGGUCGUCCAACCAAGCCUGGGACCUCUCUGAGCUCCUUUGUGCGUCUGAGAUCCCUUAAUCUCACCUGGAGAGGGUGAGCCCACAGAUCAUCACACAGGGAGGGGGGUACACUGCUUGUAACUCUAAGCCCUGUCCCCCCAGGGUCUCUCUGGGAUCCCCUUCGCAUGUCUGACGCUCUCCUGUCAGAUCUGAGAUCUUCUACUUAUGUCUGGGGCCUUCUGGAAACUUUUUAUGAUGUCUCAGACCUCUGUGCCCAUCUGUGACUCUCUUGUCCUGUGCCCCCAAAUAUGUCUGUCAUCUUGAGAUCCCCCAAUUCUCUGGAACCACUGUGCUAUCACUUUUGGUGUGUCUAGAAUUCUCCAACUGCUAUGCCCCUUUGGGGACCUCAGCAGACCUGAGUUUUCACAGGGAUCCUCCCCUUCCUGGGGUGCCCUCUGGAGGGCCAAACUAGGGAUCAUUCUGGCCAGUCAACUGAUUUCUGAGUGAUCUUGGCAGCCCUCCCAUGUCAUCUCUAACCAGAGGUCUCAAAUUGGUACCCCCACCCCCACCCCCUCUAGCUCCUUUUGGGGCAAGUCACAUCUCUAGUGGUGGUUCCUUCUUUCAUUCACUGUAGCAUGAGGGAGAUUUUGCAGAUUCCUCUCUGCAGACUUUGCACAAUCCAGCAAAGGUGGGCAGCUUUGCAGUGCAAAAGAGGCUGGGGGAGGGUGGUAGGACAUCUGUUCUCCAGUCUGCCCCAGUCUCCGCCACCCCUGGGCUGUCAGACCCCCAGUGUCUUCUCUCAGUGCCUGGUGGCCCCCAGCCUUUUGCAUUUCGCACCUGGUGUGAACCCACGAGGUGAAGCUUGGGCUUACCGUGAGAACUCUGCUUUGAGCCCUCUGGGGGUGUCACAGACUGUGGGCUAAGACACCAGAGUCCCAGGUCCUUGAACCUUCGGGGCUGGGGGAUCUAGGGUGAAAGACUUGCUGCUUCUGGGCCUCAGUUUGUCCCUUCUGUGAAAGGGGAGAGGAGGACGAAGAAGAUAGAAAAAAUCCCUUGCAGCCCUGCUGAGCCUUUGAUAUAUCUUCUGGAAAUCUACCCACCACCCAUUCAUUGACGUCCAGGAGGACAAGGAAGGCACUUCAAGGACCCAGAGAGGGAAGAGGUCCUUAUGGGGGUACAGAGCUGCUGGUAGCAGAGCCCAGGCUGGGACCUGCCCUCCAAAGGACAGCACACACACCCCCACCCUGGAAUGGGGGCAGGGUGGAAGAGAGUGCCAAGGACAAAAUGUCCCCAGGGCCUCCCCUUGCAAAUGAGGUACCUUUUGCAAAAACUAUCAUCAUCACCCCAAGUGUGGAAUAAAAUAAAAUAAAAUAAAAUAAAAUAAAAUAAAAUAAAAUAAAAUAAAACAAAUCAAGGUA